AUGACCUCCCGGGAGGAAGAGGCCGUUGCCUUGAAGAAUGAAGGAAACAAAGCUUUUGCUGCUCACGACUGGCCCAAAGCUAUCGAAUUAUAUACCAAGGCUAUAGAACUUGACGACCAAAAGCCUACAUACUAUUCAAACAGAGCUCAGGCAAACAUCAAAUCAGAGGCAUAUGGAUACGCGAUAGCUGAUGCCACGAAAGCCAUUGAACUUGAUCCGAAUUUUGUGAAGGCAUACUAUCGUCGAGCCGUUGCAUAUACCGCGAUCCUAAAAUCCAAAGAAGCUCUUAGAGAUUUCAAGACUGUUGUCAAGAAGGCACCAAAUGAUAAGGAUGCGAAGCUUAAGUUGGCAGAAUGUGAGAAGAUUGUCAAAAGGAUCGAGUUCUUCCGAGCUAUCGAGGUCGGAGAUCCACCAUCUGCAUCAGAAGGGCUCAACCUCGAUGAUAUGAUUGUGAAGGAUUACGAUGGUGUACAGUUGGGCAACGAAAUGACAACCGAGUUCAUCAAUGAUAUGCUGGAACGUUUCAAGAACGGCAAGAAAAUACAUCAGAAAUAUGUUUAUCAAAUUGUUAUGGCGGUACAAAAGAUUGUAUAUGAUGAACCAACGAUGGUGGAAAUGGAGAUUGAGAGUGACGCUCAGUUGACUGUUUGUGGAGAUACACAUGGUCAAUUUUUCGAUCUUAUGGAACUUUUCCGACUUAAUGGUCUACCCACAGAGAAGCAUUAUUACUUAUUCAAUGGUGAUUUUGUUGAUAGAGGUUCUUGGUCGACCGAGAUUGCGCUCCUUUUGUAUGCCUACAAAUGGUUACGCCCAUCAGCAUUCUUCAUCAACAGAGGAAAUCAUGAGACUGAUGAUAUGAACCGUGUUUAUGGUUUUGAGGGUGAAUGCAAGGCGAAAUAUAAUGAACGUACUUUCAAGCUAUUUUCGGAAAGUUUCUCGGCCCUGCCUUUAGCAACUCUCAUUGGCAAAAAAUAUCUUGUACUUCAUGGAGGUUUAUUCUCUGAUGAUAAGAUCACAUUAGACGACAUUCGAGCUUUGAACAGACAUAAUCAACGCCAACCAGGUCAGGCAGGAUUGAUGAUGGAGAUGUUAUGGACUGAUCCACAAAAAGAGCCUGGUCGUGGUCCUAGUAAACGUGGUGUGGGCAUGCAAUUUGGACCAGAUAUUACCAGAAGGUUUUGCGAAAACAAUGGAUUGGAAGCUAUUAUUCGUAGUCACGAAGUCCGAAUGGAAGGUUAUGAGGAGGAACAUGAUGGAAAAUGUAUUACUGUCUUCUCAGCACCUAGGUAUUGCGACAGUACAGAGAACAAGGGAGCUUAUAUCAAUAUUGGACCCGAUUAUAAAUUGGAUUUCCACAAGUUUGAUGCAGUACCUCAUCCUAACAUUAAGCCUAUGGCAAAUAAUAGCUCCAAAUAA